AGAGAUUGCUGGCAGUGAUCUGGUCAAGGAGAAUCUGAUUCAGCUGAGAUGUCACUUCACAUGGCAUCUGCUUUUGGAAGACAUUGACAUACCUGAUUUGGAAAUGAGGAUCUCUGAGGAGCUUGAAUUCCUAGACAUCAAAAACACAGUGAGGAUGCUCAACCUCAGGGCCUAUGUGAAACACCUGAAAGGGCAGCAUGAGGAAGCCCUGCAGAGCUUGAAAGAAGCAGAAGCCUUGAUCCAGGGAGAGCAGUUGGGCAAAAGAAGCUUGGUGACCUGGAGCAACUGUGCCUGGGUGCAUUACCACAUGGGCAGCUUGGCAGAAGCCCACACCUACCUGGACAAGGUGGAGAACACAUGCACGGAAUUGGGCAGUCCUUUCCAGUAUAGUAUGGUGUGUGCCGAGACGAUCUGUGAGCAUGGCUGGGCCUUGUUGAAGUGUGGAAGACAGAAUUAUAAACGAGCCAUGACCUGCUUUGAAAUAGCUCUGACAAUGGAGCCUGAAAACCCUGAAUACAACCUUGGCUAUGCACUUGUAGCCUAUCACUUAGACUUUGAAGACGAUAUUAUCUUUCUAGAAUUCCUAAGGAAGGCUGUCAGGUUAAAUCCAGAAGAUCCGAAUAUUAAAGUGUACCUUGCACUGAAGCUUCAGGAUAUAGGAUUAGCAGCUGAAGCAGAAACACACAUUGAAGAAGCCCUCAGUAGCACAUCCUGCCAACACUAUACAUUUCGCUCUAUAGCCAAGUAUUACCGAAGGAAAGGCUGCAUAGACAAGGCUCUCCCUCUGCUACACAGGGCCUUGCAGGCGUCACCUGCCUCUGGCUACCUGCAUUACCAACUAGGGCUCUGCUACCAUAGACGAGUGAUGCAACUGAGGACAUCCACCGAUAAGCCGGCCCAAAGGCAGGCUGCACAACAGGCCAUUCUUGAAUUUCAAGAGGCUGUGAAACUCAGGCCUAGAUUUGAGAUGGCUUAUGUUGGCAUGGCAGAAGUUCAAGCAGAAAUCGGCCAACAUGAAGAAGCAGAGGCAAAUUUCCAGAAGGCGCUGAACAUGAAGGAACUGUACAGGAAUCUUGAGUGUCACAAAGAGCAGGAUAUUCAUUUACGCUAU